AGAGAUAGCUAGCCUUCAUCUUAAUCCAAUUUUAAUUCUCAUCUCAUGGCAAAGGUGUUCCCUCAACGAUCCCUUUCUUCUUCUUCUUCUUCAUCUUCCUUAUCUGCUGCUGCUUCUCCUUCUUCUUAUGUGACUACAAAGAGGGAAACUUUCACAAUCUGGAUGAAAUCUCUUGUUAUGCACAGCAAUGGUUGCACUGUCUAUAACUCAUCAAGUGGUGAGAUUGUUUACCGGAUUGACAACUACAAUGAGAAGUGCAGAGAUGAAGUUGAUCUCAUGGAUUUCAGAGGCAAUGUCCUCCUUACUAUACGUCAAAAGAAACUGAGACUAUUAGGAUGCUGGGAGGGCUAUAGAAACAAUGCUUCCAAGCCAUGGUUUCAAGUUAAGAAACUGUACAAGAUUCUAAAGAGGAAAUCAUCUUAUAAAGUUACUGUACAUUGUGAUCAAGCUCAACCAAGUCUGUACCUAAUAGAAGAAUUAAUUACAGGCAAAUCAGAAUACAAGAUAUUGAAUGAAUCAGGAGAGCCCAUUGCAGAGGUAAAGCAGAAGCAAUCAUCCUCAGGAGUUUCAUUUGGAAAUGAUGUAUUAACUUUGAUGGUAGAACCUCACAUAGAUCACUCCUUGAUAAUGGGUAUUGUUACAGUUUAUGGCAUAAUCUGUCAUAAACUGUGAAUUUUUGAAGAAUCCAUGAUAAGAACUUGCAGAAGAGUUCUGACGAAGCCUGAAGAUGCAGAUCCUGAUGAAGGGCCUCGAUCUCUUGAG